AUGAUUUCCUCAAAUUCAGUUGAUGAAUCAUGGAAUGAAGGUUGUAAAUAUGAUAUUAAUUGUGAUAAAGCAGCGACGCAUUACUGUCAAGGAUGCGGAGAAAUAUACUGCAUAAGUCACUAUUGGGAACAUCAAACUAAACUUCAAGAACAUUUUGAAAAUAUACAAUUUACACAAGAUUUAUUGAAUCAAGAAUUGAAAUCAUUACUAUCACGACUAUCAGCAAAUGGCAUAUUAGAUUUCAUAAAGCAAAUUUAUGAAAUCAAAAUGAAAUUAAACGAAAUUGAAAAAACAGUGAAUACACUACAACAACAGUUACCAGAUGUAAUUAAUGAUGAUAAACAAGAUUUCAAAAAGCGCUUAAUGACAGUAAUAAAUAGAUCAGAAGGGCGUAAUCUAAAUGAUUAUCUUGAAAAUUAUAUUGACCGCUUAAGACAAGAUAUUGAAGAAUUAAAAUUAAAACUAGAAGAAAUUCAAAAUAAUAGUCAAAAAAGAACAUCACAAGAACAAUUACAGAUUCAAGAUAUGAGAGUUCGAUCGAAAAGUCUACCUGUAAAAAUAAAACCACCGUUAAUGAAUUGGAUAUCACAGGGUAAAAGAAAAAUCUUACGUUCUGUUCUUGAUGCUUCAAGACAGAGAGUGAUGCCACAAGCUGAUGAUCCAGCAGUACUGUGUCAUCUACUCCUCACACCAGUGAGUCCAUCGGUCUUAGAUCUAAAAGAAAACAAACUUGUUCUACAUGAAGAAGAUAACGAAAUAGAUGCAGAAGACGAAGACGAAACAACUAUGGUUAUCAAUUCUAAUACAACACCAAGAAUUAGUCAAAAGAUACGUCUCUCCAAUAACAUUGUUAGUUGGAUACGAGGUCCCUUUAGAGUAAUGGUUGAUGGUACAAUGCAUAUGGUCGACUUUUGUGCACAAGCAACACGUAUAAGUGAUGCUGUUGUAAGAGCUGCGGAGCAAGGAUUAGCCAGACAAAAACAAACUAUCAUGGAACAAGAAACUACUAGUAAUUCAAUUAAGCCAGUCUUUACCGAAAUUACAUCCGAUUGGACGUUUGAAGGCAACAAUACUGAUCAAGGUUACACUAGUGAAUCGAUAUGGAUGCGUAAUCCUCAAGGUCAACGAAUUUUAGCCAAAACAGAAGACCAUCCAUUAUGUGCUGCCAACGAAAGACUAGCCUAUACUUUAGGAGGAUUACUUGGUUUGCCUGUUAAUGAGGUACAGAUUUCAAUUUAUCAAAAUAAACUGGUAACUUUGCAUACUGAUGUUGCUCAAGAAAAUGAAAAAGUUAUUACAUUCAUGGAUUUACCGAAACAAAUAAGAAAAAAUCUAUUGACUAAUCCAUUGUUGGAAUCUAUGGAUCUAUUCGAUCGUAUAAUACACAAUGUAGAUCGUAAUCCACGAAAUAUUUUAGUAACAAUAUCGAAAACAGAUUCAAUCGAUGAUGAUAAUACCAGAUUGAAGAUACAUUUAAUUGAUCAUGGUUCCUGUUUUGGUAUGGGUAAACUUAAUGUCAUCAGUCUUGUAGCCUGCAAGUUUCAUAGUAAUCAUCUUUCGGUGGUUACAUUUGAUCCAAUAGAGAAAGCAAGAAAAUUCGAACAAUAUCUCAGCAGAUUGCCAGUAGCCGAUCGUACUUUAAUGAGAAAGACAUUAAAUCGUUUGGCAGAAAUUAGUGAUGAUCAAUUGGGUAAUUGUAUAACCGAAGUACAGGAUCUACUAUCAUCCAAUCAAUACAAUCGCAUACAUAGCGUCUUAUAUCGACAACGAGACAUUGCAAGACGUUAUGUGAAACAGUGGGGUAUUGGUCCUAGGCUUUCAAAUUUAAAAGAACACGAAACAAAUGAAAUUACUUCUGAGACAAGCGACAGGGUGGCUUAUUUCUAA